AUGCCUCUAGGACCCGCGGCGCGAUGUCGUCGCCCGGCUCGACGGCAGCCAUCUGCCCCCCAGGUCGCCGCAAAGCUGCUCAACCUCGCGACCUGCCGAACUGUUGAGGCCCAGCAACGCAGGCCCGUAGGCUUCUGUCGCUUCUCGAGCUCUCAGAAGGGGCCCAUCGAGAAACGCCGGCUGCUGGGGAAGCGCCACAUGACGGGCAUGAUGGCAGAACCCCCCACAUACAAUCCUUCCUGGCAUUUUGAGGUUAUGAACGACCCGAAGGAGUGGCAAUGGGAACCUCCUACGACGCCCGAAACACGACACAAGCGCAAUGCCGAAAUUAGUAUAAAGAAUCUCAGUGGGAAGCUGCUUCGAUGGCUCGAAGAUUCGAAUCUGGAUAAACCGUUCAUCGACCCGCCUCCAAAAGUCCUCGACUCGCCAGCAAUAACCGAGUCAACGGCGGCCCUCAACUCAACAGCAGUAUUAGACCCAUCGGAAGUCCUCGACUCGCCAGCAGUUCUCGACUCGCCAGAAGUCCUCAACUCACCAGCAGUUUCCAACUCGCCAACAGCCGAGCAAUCGAUCAGUGUACCUGCAGCCGAUGCGGUUACGAUGAAUUCAGAAUUGCGCCAACUACGAUCUGCCAUAUGGGGGAUGAAAUGGGGAUGGAAUAAAGUUAGGAAAAGGUCUAUCUGGCUGGUGAGAGACAAGUUCAUAAAAAACUUGGUUGGUAGGAUUAGGUCCCGGGACUUCACACCAGAAUACCUGGUUGAAAUGAUGAGACCUUUGGAUACGGCCACCAUGGCACGCAUCUCAAACAAAAUGAUUUCUCAAAGCGUCAUUUCGAGUAUUCGAAGUGCCGUCGUCACAACGCUGUCCGAGUUGCGAGCCGAGGACGAUCUCAGAGAUGAUUAUAGAGAAGCCUGGGAGGCGGUCCUAAACGAUUCACUUGCGGCGACAGCAAAAGGUGAUAGCUUCCGGAUUCUGGCACUCGUCAUCGAAAAGGCACAGCCCAUGGACAGAGACCUGAUUCCUGUUGACGAGCUUGCAACGUCACUCUACAGCUUGAUCCGGUCAGUGAUGCGUUCACCCAAGGAGCAUGAUAAGCUGAAGAAUCUCGCAGUACUUGCCCAGCUGAUGCAGUCUUUCGAGCCCCCUAUGCGAGAAGCCAUCGGCCAGAAGGUCGAAUCUAUCAUUGCGGAGACCUUCGAUGCUGGCCUCAAUUAUGAAUACCGGUACUGGUGGCUGCUCUUCAAGGCACACUACCUCGAACUAUCAUUUUCCGAGUUCGAGCAGCUUGUCAUUUCCUACUUAGGAUCUCACCACCGGCCAGACAAACAGCAAACCUUGCUACUUAUGUCGGCAAGAAUGUUCGCUGACGAAUGCCUGGAAGCAGAAUCAUACAUGGAAUUCACCCGCCAGGUGCUGCUCCGUGGCUACCUAGAACAACACUGGUUAACGUUAGCCAAAAAGGUCAUCGAGUCGAGACAUCCCGCUGGCCUGACGAGCCUUUGGUGCCACCUGGGCGCCCUCAAGUGGGACGUCCGUUUCUUUCGGACGCUCAUCGUCCUCACGAGGACUUCCCGCCCCAACGUCGUGCAGAACACGCAAGCGGUGAUUAAGGACAUCGUCUCCAACCCGCACCUCCCUUCGCUCAGGUUCUGGGUGGCCCUGAAGGACGAGAAGCGCAGCAUCAUGCACCCGGAGCCCACAUCUACUACCGAGGCCAGUGCCGCGCCCCCCCUUGAUGCGCCUGCCAUCAAGCAGCAGUUGAUGGACCUGGUGGACAUGAUAGCUCUCUGGUACGAGAAGGCCCCGGGGCUGACCAACCGCAUGGCCUUUCGCGGAGUGUCCCGCUGCAUGCGAUUUCAAAGCGAUCUGGCUGGUCGGCCGACGGACGCGGUCCUCCGUUGCAUAACAAACGUUGUCACGAGGUCCCUGCGCGACGGGCAGCCUGCACCAGUGGGGCGUUUGCAGCAUUACAUCGCGAACAUUGUUGCUCCUAGCUUUGGGGUACAAGUUGCCCAUGAUUGUAGCAUCAUCAUAGCCUCGUGGCAGAAACAAGCCACUCUCAAUGUAGAGGAAAAACUAAAGGCAAAGAGAAGAUAA